GCGUUGUCCCUCUCUCGACAUUCGCUCAGGUCUCCUUUUAGUCCUCUGCUGUUCCACUCUUUCGUGCUGUGGUAGGACGGCUGCACUCCAGAAUAAAACAUGAGGGAUGCCAACGUCUUUGCCAUAUCGCGUGCCAUGCCUCGCAUGAGCUGGUCCCCGCGCAACCUCUACAACCUGUGGCAGCGCUCAUACGGCCCGCGCGCGCAGGACGCGCGCUUCACGCGCACAAGCAAGACGCUCUUCCAGCAGCGGUGGACCGCGAAGGCGCUCGUGCGCGCGUACCACGGCGACUACAUCAACGAGAAGAUCUUCAAGCGGUGGUACCUCCCGCAGACGCUCCCCGACGUGCGCCCGCGCAUCGCGGCGAGCGCGGAGCAGGCCGCGCUCGAGGCGUUCGCGGGGCGCGAGGCGCGCAGGCGGCGCGACGAGCAGGAGAAGGGCAUGGCGCCUGUGGGCAGCUUGAUGCUCGCGGAGGUGGAGCGGCGCAUCGAUGUGUUUUUGUUUAGGUGCUGUUUUGCGCAUAGCGUGUAUGAGGCGAGGAGGCUGGUUGUGCAUGGGUAUGUGAUGCUGAAUGGUAAAAAGCAUUCGAACGCCAACACGCGUUUGGCUCCUGGAGACAUGAUCACCGUCGACCCGAAGGCCAUCCGGUUUCUGCAGAAGCCAAAAGACGCGGCUGUCGAGGUCGAAGCAGAAGCCGAAUCUGCUGCAGACGUCGUCGCUGAAGAGGCUGCAGCCGAGACCGCCCCCGCCGAGCCCACCCCAGAGCAAACCUCUGCCGCCGCUGCCGCCGAAGCCGAAGCCGAAGCCGCGUCCGCGCCCGCUGAGGGCGAAGGCGAGGCCUCCUCAACCCCCGCCCCCACCACCCCCAAACCCAAAUCCACCAAGCCCACAAAGUCCACCCCGCGCCAGCCCUGGGAGCCCCGCACCCCGCCCUCCUCCACCGCCGCCGCGCCGCUGACGCCGUUCCACCCGCCGGCGUACAGCGCGCCGUGGCUGUUCGUGCCCGCGUUCGCGGAGGUGUCGUUCGCGACGUGCUCGGCGGUGUACGUGCGCCAUCCGACGGCGCGCCCCGGGUACUCGGAGAUCCCGACGCCGUACGACGCGGACGGCGAGAUUGUAAGGUUGGCGUGGGAGUGGUAUGUCAAGGUGCGUCCGCGCAACAGGAGCAGGAGCCAGUGGGAGAGGGAGCCGGAGAAUAGGCAGUAGGCGGGCGGUAAUGGUGGCGAGUGGGGUCGUGUGGGGCACGGACUCGGUUCUGUGUUUGGUGGUGGGGGUUGUCCUCGUUAUUGCGAUGCGUUUAGAGGCAUGCGGUGGCGUAUUAGGUUUUUCCUCUUUUCUUUGCUUUCGCGUCGUAGACAUUAAUGCAUGAUAUAAUCCCC